AAAUUAGGGUUUCAGAAGGCGAAAAAGUUUUCAUCGAAUCAGUACCGAUUUCCAUCGUUCGAUACGACAAUGAUCUACGACGUUAACUCUCCGUUGUUCCGUUCCUUCCUCAGCCAGAAGGGAGGCUCUUCUGAUAAAAGGAAAACCGAGGAGCAAAGGCCAAAGGAGCAAAAGCCGAAAGCUAAUGAAAACAAGCCUGUCAUGAACGAGUAAUGAUCUUUUUCGACUAGAAAACAUGUAAGGUGUAUGCAUGCUGUUUUUCGAAUUUCAUUUCUGUUUUAAUUUCAUCUACUUUUGAGUCGGUGAUUCGUCGACCAUCUCUGUGUAACGGUGUUUGUUCAGAUGGAGAUGAAGGCAGAUAACUGAUUUUGAUAUCGUAGCACGAUUUGGUUCAA